AUGGCUGAAGGAAACAGCACCACAGUGAAAGAAUUUAUUCUUUUGGGCUUUUCUAUAUAUAGAGAGAUUGAAACUAUUCUCUUUGUGAUCAUUUUUCCAGUAUAUGCUUUGACUUUGUUAGGAAAUGUUGGGAUGAUUUCAUUAAUCCGGUUGGAUUCUCGACUUCACACACCCAUGUACUUUUUCCUCAGUAAUCUGGCCUUUGUAGACCUGUGCUAUUCCUCAUCAAUAGCUCCCAAGUUCUUAGACACCCUCCUGACCAAACGCAGGUCUAUAUCGUUCUAUGCUUGUGCCACACAACUGGGAUUUUUCCUGAACUUCUUGAUUUCAGAGAUGUUCCUCCUCGCAGUGAUGGCUUAUGAUCGCUACGUGGCCAUUUGCAAUCCUCUGCUCUACAUAGUGCUCAUGUCUCAGAAGGUGUGCACGGGGCUGGUAUUGGGCCCCUACUUGUACAGCUUCUCUGUUGCUUUGCUCCACACAAUAGUUACUUUCCAACUGACCUAUUGUGGCCCCAAUAUAAUCAAUCAUUUCUACUGUGAUGAUGUCCCUUUGAUGGCCCUUGCCUGCUCAGACACCAGCCUCAAAGAGAUUCUGAUAUUCAUCUUUGCUGGCUUUAAUAUGGUCAGCUCAUUGGCCAUUGUGCUUAUUUCCUACUUCUACAUCGUUGCUGCCGUCUUGAGAAUCAAAUCCACAGAAGGCAGGCACAGAGCUUUCUCUACUUGUGCCUCUCAUGUGACAGCUGUGACUCUAUUCUAUGGGACUCUGAUCUUCAUGUACCUACAGCCCAAAUCCAACCAUUCCCUUGACACAGACAAAAUGGCCUCUGUGUUCUACACCAUGGUCAUCCCCAUGCUGAACCCUAUGAUCUACAGCCUGAGGAAUCAGGAGGUAAAGAAUGCCUUGAAGAAAGCCAUGGGACAAUGUUAUGCCCUGCCUCUAACACAUUCUCGAAAGGGGGUUUCCUGA